GAUCGCGCUCUCUUCACAUGCGUGCUACGCAUUCCAGGUCAACCACCACAAUUGCCAGUAGACUAAACUAUUGUUAUAGUAAAUUACUUCCAUCUUACGCAACGCCACGACGGGAAGGAUUCAAGACAAGCAGAUAUCACACUGUUAGGCAGCAAAAAUCGAUCCCAGCCCAAGUGGGUGAUGGCCACUUGAGACAUACAAGUAGGCGCCAUCGAUGCUGGUCUCAGCGACCAACGACAAGUUUACUAAAUUGGGAAUCCAUUGAGGCCCAACGACGACAUAUCCGCUGACUUAUACGGAAGACUAUCUCGCUUUCUUGCCGCACCCUGUCGGACUGUGACCUUGUGACGCAGCUUCUGGCCUUGCCUCUUUGCGUUCUCGUCACACUCAACGUCCAAAAGUCUCGUGCUCGGAGCGCCACUCCGUGGAAGGGAUUAAUUAAAUUGCUGCCAAGCACGGCACGACCACGUUUUCUACUCCGAGACAAGACAGGGAGCCCAAAACGCGAGGACCACAUGCUCGAAGACGCGGCAUAAUGGAGGGUCAUAAUUGAUGACAAUUUUCCCUCCCAGCUGUACCGACUUACAUCCAUGAGCCAGUCCUCAAAUAAGACGCUUCCUUUUACUGUCGGGUAGCGGAAUCUCUUCCGAGAUACUGUUGAACGUUGAUGCAGGGCCUACGGGCAACUGUUAUCGUCGGUGUCACAUCAGAGCGGAGAGUCUUGAAAUACGGUGAAGCAGACGACAUCAGGAGCCAAGACAACCAUGACGUGGGGAGCGUCCGAGCCACCCUUGCCAGACAACAUGCCUUGUGUGGCAACUUGCUGCGGCUGUUGGCAUAUCCGGUCUCGCUUCGGCCGUCGAGAAACACAAUCGACUAGCCAGGACGUCUGCGAGUCGGUAUCACUCAGCUUCCGACUACGCAGUCCAGCUUCGGGCUCCAGAUCUAAUUCUCGCCGUGAUAUCGUGCCUUGCUUUGUAAGACUGUCUAAUUUGUGCACAUUUACUUCAUCUAGGACUAUACAUGGAAACUUUCGGUGACAUUCAUCUAAUGUUCCAGCCGUGCUUUCAGCUGUUACAUCCAGCCAGCUUUUUCAGCCGACGUUCAGGCCAACAGGCCCGAGCUUGGAGAGAUUUUUUAACCAAACAUUUCGUAGAUAAAUAUGUAGGAUUCUGUUGGGUGAAUCUCCCUACCAACUCUGAGGUCAUUCUAAGAGCCUAUUGGUUUGAAGCAUCAGUUACCCUUUGCUACUUGGCAGAAGAAAUAUGCAAAAUCGAUACUUUUGAGAGUCUUAUUCCCAAACCUAAAAGUGAUCUCCAGUAGAGGACCAGUAUUGAUGACUGAACCAUCAUUUACACUGCAAAAUAUCAAGUCCCGAGACAUCUCGCCUCUGCUGCAGCAAAAGGAAACGACUUUGUUCUCCUUGAUCCGUCGGAUUUCUCGCCAACCCAAACAUGUCGAAGUCACAC